CUGGAAGACUGAAGCUACUGGCUGAUACUGAAAAGAGUGAAGACGCUCUACAAAAGAGGUACCAUGAAGCUGUUGACUGUGUCUGCACUGCUUUGUGUGAUGAUGGCUUUGUGCAGUGUUGCUGCACAGAGGUGCAGGGGUUGUCCGCAUGGUUGGUCUCGGAUCCAUCGUCGCUGCUUUCUCUAUGUUCCAAGAGCCAUGAAUUGGGCUGCAGCUGAGAGAAACUGCCUGUCCAUGGGAGCAAACCUUGCAUCUGUGCACACCAGCGCAGAGCACCAGCUGAUUCAGAGGCUGACUGCCCAUAAUGGCUACGGAGUAACUUGGGUUGGAGGAACUGAUGCAUCUGGGGAGGGUAUUUGGUUGUGGAGUGAUGGGAGCCGUUUCAACUAUCAAAACUGGUGCGGAGGAGAGCCCAAUAAUUAUUUGAAACAGGAUUGUCUGCAGAUAAACUAUAGCGGUUCCAAAUGUUGGGAUGAUCAGCACUGUCAUGUUAAUCUGCCAUCUAUCUGUGCCAGGAAAAUAUCAAGACGCUGGGUCGGCACUGAAGCAUGAAAAUGCCAUUACCACACAAACACCCUGAUAUAUAAUGGUGUUUAUAUUCUGCUUGCUAUUUUGCUUUCUUUCACUUUCCACCAUUACAUUUUUCCUCUCCCUCUAGCACCGAACCAGAAGAACAAAGUGACAAGUCAACUGUGUUUUAGGCCUCGUGUCUUUAACAGUAGCACACUGAUUGUGUUACCAAAGGAUUGAUUUGAGCACUUUUUUUCUGCAGAGUAAACUUUUUUUGUGUUUUACGCAGCAUUAAAGCUUUCAG